AGAACUCCAGUAAAUAUUAUGUUUUAAAUGAUCAUGUGUAUUAUGACAUCACAAUGGAUGUCCUUCACUAUAUAUGCAACUCACUGAUUCAAUUACACACAAUUGCUAUUCUUAACAUUAUUUGAAAUAUUGCAUUGGUUACAUUAUUGGUUUAAUGUAUUAAUUUACUUGUAUUGUUUUUCAGGAAUUGUUGUUAAAACAUAUAUUUAGCAUAGCAUAUGAGCAUGCCAUCCAACGUGUUUUCACACUGGCGGCUGCUUAUCCUUCCCUUUUCCCUUUUCCUUGUGCUUUUCCUAACACCUGUGACAAUUUCCAACUUCGUGCAAAUUUCCCCUGUGAUCCCUACAUUCUCUACUGAUGGACUUCUUCAGCUGUCUGACUCGCUUAUCACCCAUCUACCAGAGGGCUGGAGACCAGGCCCUAGCAUAGGAGAUACCAUCCUACUCCUGCUAUGGGUGUUGACAGUAUGGAGGACCGGGUCAGCUGUAAAAAAGAGGAUAUACCAAUGGCCUAAAAAGAAGGUAGCGAGACUUUCUGCGGAAAGAAAUGCUGCCAUAAAUGAAAUUUUAGAUCUGCACAAAAAGAAAGAAGACCUUGAAGACCAGUUCAAGAGGAUGAGGAACACCAUAACUUCCCUUAUGAUGGACUAUUGGCUUCUCAAAGAGUCAUGCAAGGCAUACGAAGCGACAACUUUGGCUUCAGAGAAGAUGAAUCGUGGACUGAAGAUCAACCUAGAGAACCAGUUGAAAGACCUGGAAACGGAGGCAGAAAUCUUAAGAACCAGCCUGAAGAUGACUGCCAAACGACUGCAACAGCGUGAGGGCUUUCUACAACAGAAACUAGUGCAAGAGAAAAUUCUUCGUCAGGAGUCAGAAGCAAGACUGUACUCGGAACGUAAAGCUUCUGAACAGACCACAAAGAAAACGAACACGGACCAUGAAAAAAGAGAGAGUUCAUACAAGAACCAGAUUGAGGAACUCACAAAAAUUUUGACUAACAUGGAAACACUGCUGCACUCUGCCAAAUUUGAAAAUGAGAUGCUGAAGGAAUCCAGCAAGGCCUACCAGGCAAUGACCGUCAAUUCGGCUAAAGAAAUCCUUAGGGUCAAGACAAUCAUUGAAGAGGAGCGUAGCAGACACCAUGAAGAGAUUAACGCCCUCAAGACCCAGCUAAACAUGGUCACCAUUCAGGCUCAGGAAAAAGAGACCACUUUACAGAAAUCAAGGAACUGUUAGAGCGACUGGCAAGUGCACAAAAUUUAGCCACAUCUACCAAAUCUGAA